CACUAACCUACCUGUUUGUGGAUAAAUUGGCCGAAAUUUUUUUUUUUCUCAUCGGAUAUUCUACGACAGUCAUUGAGCCUGUUCUGUCUGCACCGACCUGCAAUCUGCAACUCCUACGCACAAGCAUCAAGCAAUCCACCUGCCGCAGCUACUACCAUGGCGACCACAGUCCACGUCAAAAACAUCGGUGCGCAGACCGAGGAUAAGGAGAUUAAGGAUUUCUUCAGCUUUUGCGGCAAGAUUUCCUCCAUCGAUAUCACCAGCGAAGGCGAGACCAAAUCCGCAACCGUCAACUUCGAGAAGGAGACGGCCGCGCGUACCGCCCUGCUUCUGAACCACACCCAGCUCGGUGGCAACGAGAUCACGGUGACGGGCGACAACGUCUCGACCCCGCCGCCGCAGGAGAGCUCGGCGGAGGCGGCCGAGCGCGGGGCCGGCGACGCAUCCUCGGUGCUGACGCAGGAGGAGAAGCCGCGCUCGCGCAUCCUGGCCGAGAUCCUGGCGCACGGCUACCUGGUGGCCGACCAGGGCCUGCAGAAGGCGAUCGCGCUCGACGAGCAGCACAACAUCACGGCGCGCUUCGUCAAGACGCUGCGCCAGCUCGACGAGCGGACGCACGCCACCGACCACGCCCGCGCCGCCGACGCCAGCUACGGCAUCACCCAGCGCGCCAGCUCCCUGCUCACCGGGCUCAACUCGUACUUCGAGAAGGCCAGCAACACCCCGACGGGCAAGCGGAUCGUCGACUUCUACACCACCAGCCAGAGGCAGGUCCAGGACAUCCACAACGAGGCCAGGCGGCUGGCCGAGCUCAAGAAGGAGGAGACGGGCGGCAGCCUGUACAAGGGACUCGGUCUGGAUAAGGUCCCGGGGAUGGACAAGGUCUUGGGCCGCUUCAGUAGCCAGGGGUCCGCGGCGGCGGCGCCGGCGCCGGCGGAGGGCGGGGAGAAGAAGGAUGUGCCCGGCGCUGCGCCGGCCGAGGCCGUGGCAACCGAGUCGGAACAGAAGCCGGCUGCACCGUCGGGGGUCGGAAACCCGGAGACGAUCCACUAAACUGUCGCGAGGGAGGGACGAUGAAGUUUGGGUCCCGGCAUGGGGCGAGUGAGAGCAACUGGGGAAAAUGGUGGUUUUAAGUCUCAUUGCGCUGUUGUUUUUCUGCGAUUGCUUCGCUCGGUCUAGGCCUGAUACUCUCCCAAUUAAUUGUUUGUCAUUUCACAUAAUUCGCUUCUCAACCCGACAAGUUUUUUGUUUGGGCAUGGAUUGUAGCUUGUUGCUCCGAGGUUUUUGACUUGAACACUUCCAGUGUAAUUAUGCUUUGACAGGUUGCCUAGUAAUUUGAACCACUUCUGUCGUAUAUUCUGGUCUCCAAUUUAAAUCUCUAGAAAAC